CAAGCGCCUGCUACUGCGACCAUGUCUGGCCGCGGCAAGGGAGGCAAGGGACUCGGCAAGGGAGGCGCCAAGCGCCAUCGCAAGGUCCUCCGCGACAACAUCCAGGGCAUCACGAAGCCGGCCAUCCGCCGACUGGCUCGCCGCGGCGGCGUCAAGCGCAUCAGCGGUCUGAUCUACGAGGAGACCCGCGGCGUGCUGAAGGUCUUCCUGGAGAACGUCAUCCGCGAUGCGGUCACCUACACCGAGCACGCCAAGCGCAAGACUGUGACCGCCAUGGACGUCGUCUACGCUCUCAAGCGCCAGGGCCGCACUCUGUACGGCUUCGGUGGAUAA